GAUUGCAUGUGGUAUUCGGAUUUCGUCACCAUUCCCGGGGAGCCCAAAGUCAACGAGGAAAGCAGCCGAACUUUCAACGUGAAGAUCAACUCUGGGGAGAAGGACUGGUCUCGGAAGAAUCCUUGGCGCGCGCCAGGCAAGGCCCCGGUCUUCGGCUCGGGCUGUGGCAUCUUCGGGGGACUGGAGGAUCCUGUUGUCGAUUCCGCGGGGAAUUUGAUGCCAUCGCACAUCCCCGGCACCGAUGGGAAGACACUGCCUGAGAAGGAGGCUAUGAUUUGGCCGAAGGGCUCGGCACAGGAGGUCGCUUGGGCCAUCACCGCGAACCAUGGAGGCGGCUACUCCUACAGGCUUUGCCCGAAAUCAUCCAGCAUUACAGAGGAGUGCUUCCAGAAGCAUGUGCUGCGCUUUGCCACCGACAAGCAAUGGAUCCGGUACGGUCACUUGGGAUUUGUUAGUUUUCGAGCGGUCCAGCUUUUGAUGUGGUUCUCGUCGAAGGGGUUUUGUAUUUCAAGAAUGCUACUGUUUAGUUGGCAGGUGCUGAAUCGGUGCCAAAUGCGCAUGAUUUCCAUUUUGCAAGCCUUUUAA